AAUUUGAAUCGCUUUCGAGAAUUGCAGUGAACUCGCUUUAAUACAACGCAAAAUAAAUCACAACGCGAAAAAACAAAUAUACAUAAUCAAAAACAAGUAGUAGUGAUCUUAAUAUGAAUGCGAAUACGGUGUAUAAAGACGAAUAAUCCCAAAGUAAAAUUGCAAAAAACAAAAAAUAUUUAAAGCGAAUGUGUGAAUGUAAAUUAAGUGUAUUACAGACAGCGGCAUAGCAAUCAAGAAAAAUAGCAAAGGAACUACUGCUUUCUGGAUAAAUUGCAUCUACAAAUCCUGAAGUCGAUACCCUUCCAUGUAGAUUAAUUAAAAUUGAAGGUGGUGAUGGAAGUGCAUGCAUCCUCUACAUUGCAGAUUGCACUGUAAGCAAAGACGCCUUUUGUGAGCAGCAGCAGCUGCUACUGGCCAUUCGGUUGAUAAUUGCGUAAAUGAUCAUUUAUACUGCUCUCUUCUGAACUUGUUGUUGUCUGUCAUGGAAGCUAUACAGACUUGCAGCGAUCAUCGAAGUUAUCUUGAAGAAAAUGAACUACUAUUUGAUACUUUAAAAAUAAUUUGGAAUAAUUAUAUGCAAGAGACUCUUUCUGAUGGCGGCGAUGUCGAUAUCAAGCAACAUUGGCUACAGCUCUUUUUGUACAAUUUUCAAUUUGUCUCAAAGGAAUUGCUGGAUAAUGAAACAUUUAAAAUCUUUUUCAAUCCAAUUCCGGAAGAACUUUGUUCCUACCUCUUAGAGCAGGUCUACGAAAUAAUAAGCAAGUCAGAUCUCUAUUCACCAUCAAUAUCGGGAUUGAAAACAACGCACAUUGAUUACAAUGUGGAAUCUACAGAUAAGCACCAAUCACAAGAGAAAAACAAACAGUUUUUGCAAAUAAUUAAAAGAAAUCAUAAUUUUGCUCAGCUUAUUCUGAGACAGCCCAGCGAUUGUAGUAAAAUAAUAGCGCUGCGACAAUUUUUAACACACCAGUUGGGUCAACAUUUAUUACAGUUUUUGCUAAAGAUCGAUAUUAAGCUAGUUGCCUCUCAAAAUGGCCUGUGUAAUCUUUGUAUAAAUCUAUUUCCCAAUUGCCUAUGGGAUCAACAAAAUCGAACUUUAACAGAUGAGUGUAAUAUAUUUGGCUUUCUUGGGCAUUUACAAUUGGUUCAGAAAACUAAAAGUAAACGCUUUACAGAGGAAUAUGAAUACGUCAUUGGUAGACAGCAUGAAACCAUUAAAUCGCAUCAAAUAUUCCUCGACUUUCCUCAGCAAUAUGAAAAGUUUCAAAAUCAAACAAAGACCAGUGAUGAAAUUGCAUUACUUCUAACUCAAUUACUGAUGAAAUGUAUAGAGUGUGAGACACAUAGCUUGCAUUCAGAUCAGUCAGUUUUUAUAUUGAUACUGAAUUUCAGUUUGGAUAGUUUGCGAGUAGACAAUCGAGUAUUUUCUUCUCUACAGAACGCUGAGAUAAUAAAAUGCUACUUGCUUAAAUUAAACGAGAUGUGUCUGUGCAAUCUAUUUGCUCUAACCGAACAUGGACUUAACGACACACAGUUCCAGUGUAUCUUUGCGAAAUUGAUCGCUGCCAUAGAAAGUAAUGCAGAUACUCCAAAAUUACUUUAUGCCCUAAUAUAUCUGAUAUUUGCAAUACUCCAUAAUGUGGUAUACACAUGUACACAAAAAUCAGUAUGGAAUACAAAAAUCAAUCUGUACAAUUUGAAAUUUAUUGAUGAUGCCGUUAUUGACACCUGUCUUGCUACUCUCGAUGAUUUGCUUAGAAACCACAAACCCGGAGAAUAUGGUGGAAAAGACGUUGAGACUUUAUUUGAAAUAAUUUUUCGGUGUCUUUUGAAAAUAGUUGAAAACUUAAAGAGAUACGAUCAAAUCACGGUGUCUUCGUCUGCGCACAACCCUUAUUUACACAAUCAUAGCACUGUGAAAGAACGCACAGGAAAUCAUCGCAGGGUGAAAACAAAACAAGUGCAUUGUUUGUCCACAUUGCCCAGAUUAACCUGUUAUUUCCAGAAUAUAUUAAUUACUUUGCUACCAGCUCUACCCAAGGAAAUGAUGGAACACUCAAUGCUGUACCUGGCGAGAUCGGGUCUCUGCUGUUGCCACUACAAGUUGUCACUCUACAACGCAAUACUAAAUUCAAUCUUCAAUUUGUCAACAUAUUAUCGAAAGUGUGCCUAUAAAUUUCUGUAUUACAAAUUAAUAUCCACCAUAUUCCUGAGGUGUCCCCUCAAUAUGACAUCUAACACCACCAAGUCGAAGAAUAAUACGAGCUCUUGUACUAAAUGUGAUGUUAAAUUAAAGUCACCGGAAUUCCACGAGGGGUUAUUGCAAAUUUAUAAAACAUUCUACGGUAAACUUGUUAAUAAUGAAGAAGAUUUGACAAAUCUGUUAUUUUUUCUAAAACACCUGAAGCACUUGUCGCAUCUCUUAACAAAUGAUAUAGCUUCAGGAAUAUUAGCCGAAAUUGUACUUCCCAUAUUUCGCAACUAUAAAAAUAAACUGUUUUCCAAAUCGGAUGGAAACAAUCAUUCUCCUCAGCACACUUUAAAAUUUUGGCAAAGGACAAAAACAAACAAAGAUCAAAAGAAUACCAAAGGUCCACAUCAACUACACUUGGUUAUACAUCACUUUGACAUUUGCCAAAAGGAGGACUACAAUAAACUUUUAAACGAAUGCCUCAACAUAUUUGCAAUGUACUUAAGAGAUAUUCGCCUAAUCAAAGCCUUCUACAAUGAGGAAAAUAUACGUCAUUUGGAAGACCUACUAGAGGAACCAUUUCUAAUUAGAGGGGUUUGUGAUCUCAUUAAGAUUGGCAUUGACAAUAUAACAUUUUUGGGUGACACCAAUCAGGAGCAAUCUAUAUUGAGCCGAAGACUGAUAACAUUGCAAUUUACUAGUUCAGAAAGAGCUCAGCUCUUGUUCAAUGGACUAAUACGCAAAGUAAAGAAAUUGAAUACCAGCUACAGCAAAGACUUUUGGUUAGAUAAUGCGAAUGCUGAUGGCGUGCCUCAAGUUGACGGCGAUCUGAAAUUAAAAACUGUGGAUAUUCUACACAUAGUCGCAUUACAGUGGACUCUCAACUAUGAACUACUCAAAACUAGUCAGUAUUUCUACAAUGAAUUUGCAAAAAUCUACUCCAUAGCCCAUGAAGACGAAGAUGAAUCAGACGAUCAAAGCCAUAAAGAAAAUGUCAAUGAUGAAGCAUCAAACUGUUCUGAAAUUAAUUCUAAUGUAACACUUAAACCGGGCGAUAAGACAAUUUUAGAUAUUCUACAGUUAAAUUGCAACGCUCUGAAUGCUUUCCUAAUGCUAGCUCCGAAAAAGUGUUGCCCCAGAAAAUGUUUCAGUACUAUCGGAAGUCAAGUAAACAAAGAUUUCGAUUCAUCGUGGGAAUUAAUAGAAACCUUUAUUGAUUCAAUUCGAAAACCAACAACAACGUUGUCAAUUUCCACUACAUCAUCAACAUCAUCGACAAUAGACAGCAACCAUACAGCCACGAGACUAUUAGUUGAAGAUCUAACGUCUAGUUCGUAUUCAAAUCAAUACCAAAUAACAUCACAAUUCAAUAGCGCGGCUUUUACAGCUUUUAACGAACAAAAGUCUUCAUCGUUCCUUAAACACUUACAACAACGCCAAGGCUUCAAAUUAUGUCAGGAUAACUCGCUCAAUGAAAGUGUUGUAUUAUUUGACAUAAGAAAUUAUAGCAGCGGACAGCAAUACAAAAACCCUAAUUUCUAUUAUUUUCGUAAUUGUUCAUCUGCCAGUGACCCCGAUAGAACUUUACCAACCAACGCCGAUACAUUAUUACUUAACAACGUAACUGGAAAUGAAGGCAUUUUGAAUAAGCUUUUCCAGAUUUUCGGUUCUAUUUUCACUGGUAGUCGUUCAAACUCAUUUCUGAACUUAGAUGACCACACAUCACCAUCGCCUGUAGCAGCAGCGACGGAGAUUGACAUUGAAGAAGAUUUGCAGCCAUUAUUUGACGCAAACGGUGAUUGUAAGAAGUUGUUGUUGAAAUUAUUCGAAGCCACCAUGGCCAUUUGUGUGAAGGGCUACCAGAAUGAAGAGGUGGAAAAAAUGCAAAAACAUUUGCGCAAACUAAAAAUGGUUAUAUUAGCGAAUGCUGCCAACAAUUGGGAGCAACAUGCAGAAGAGCACAAUCGUGAGAAUACAGUGUUACAAACAUUACAAUGCCUGCUUAAAAUUGCAGAGCUUUCUAAUAUGAGCAAUGAACCCGCGGCCGUAGUAACUAGUACCAGUGUUUUAACAUCUGUUACCACAGAUGUUCAUAAUCAACCGAAUUUCGAUUUGAGCACAAGAAGAAAAUCAUGUAAUAGCUCUCGCAUUUGUGGUCAAUGGAGAUCAUAUAAUUAUCCACUAUUAUCUACUGGACUGCCUAGCAAAAACGCCCUUGCAACUCCUAUUACUCCUUCGCAAAAAAGACCACUUUCGGGUGAAAGUUGUGAUGUUGAUUAUUUCUCGACAAGAGCAUCAGUCAAUUGUCCGGACAGUGAACUGGAACUAAGUGAAAAUGAUCAAGAGGAUUUCUAUUUAACUGCCGACGAAGGCUAUGAAGCCGAUGGCGAAAUUCAAGACUUAUCCGAAGCAGAAACAUUUUCAGAUGUUGGUGAACUAUGGCACUCAUUUCAGCCAUCUUCACGUUAUCGCACUCAUAUUCUGCACGAAGGUAUUUGUCGACUGGUUGUUGACAUUUUAAUUGAACUCAGCCAAAAAUGCUGCGAGAGUCCAGUAGCUGGUUGGUGUGAUAAUUUAGCUCAGCUGGUUAAUCGUUUGUUUGUUAUUCGCGAAUAUUUGGGAGGACCUCUAUUUCUUCUCAAAGGAUUUGCACCGAUUUUGAGGUGCAAUGAUAGUCGCUUGCGUGAGCUACAGCAGUCUAUAUUGGAGUUAAUAGUUGACCUCAAUUCGCCAGAAGUUCUAACAGUAUUUUUCGGAAUAUUAUCAUCGAAAAAUCCACCUGUCGAUAUUUUGGUAAAAUAUAUGCAUUACAUUUGUUCAAAUACUUUGAAAAAGUGUGCAGCUAGUGUGGAAUUGGAAUUUCCCAUUGGUAAUGAUGAAAUAUGUAUAUCCACUGCUGAAAAAGAGCCCGCAGAAGCCAUUGAACGCAUACGAUUUUUUCAAUUAUCACGCAAAGCAUGUACACCACUAACACGUUCACCGUGCAUUCUACCCAUAACUCAUACACGUCUAUGGACUCCCGAAGGAUUUACAAUUUCUUUGUGGCUUCUUGCAAAAGGAUCACAGAAUCACAAAAGUACCAGCCAAAUCGUUGAUGAUGAUACCCGAUCUUCAAAUGACGUUUACAUGAAAACACAUAUCAUAUCAAUUGGAACCAAUCAAGCAAUGUUAAGUGUAUAUUUAAAUAACAAUCUUCAACUGGUAUUUGAAACAUGUAAACCCAAUGCGGAGACAAUACGCAAUAUUAAUUCUCCCAUGGAUGAACCAACUUCAAACGAACCAAACAAUGAAAAUUCAUGCAAAAAUCCGACACGAAGUCCAGAAAUGAAACGUAAUAGAAGAACGAACAACUUUGAAAGUCCAGACAUAGAAAGUCAUGAAAUGGACGUACUUUCUGCAAAAACCCAUACAGCCUCACCGAUUUCUAAAGCUCUGAAACAAACUAAAAAUGUAAUACUUAACAGCUUUAGUAACAUGCAUUUAUUCAACGGUCACCCGGAAUCACCAGAAUACUUUGAGAGCGCCCAAAUAGAUCUUAAACAAUUCCGUAUGAACCGUAAUAGGUGGACACAUUUUACAAUAGCCGUUGAAAUGGUUAAUGAUGCAUUGGAGUUGUGUGUUCACAUAGAUGGUCUGGAGCAACAUCGUCUUUCAUUGCCAUUUUAUAACAUACGUUCACUCACUAGAAAUCACACCUUUCAGACAAUUACCUUGGGCGAUGGAAUCGUUUCAAAAUCUCCCAAUACUACAAGUUUUACUGAAUCACGUUCUACAUUGGAUAGUUUCCCCAUGCAUGUGGCAAUGACAAAUAUUAUAUUAUUCAACCGUUCCAUAACUCUUAAAGAAGUUAUAUUAAAUCUUACUGCUAUGGGUCCCGAUUUCAAUGAACUUACUCAAUGUCAUGUGGCCAAUUUGAAACCCAAUUAUGGUUAUCUUAAUUGCUCCAAGCUUCAGUCGCCACAUUUUUGUAAUUUUGGAGAUGCUAUGAAAUUAUUACGUGAAUCGCGAGUCUUGUGCUACUCAGCUUCUCAGCCGAAUGUUAUAAUGGCCUACGAUGCUAGCAUAGAAUUGGAUAAUGUCGCAUAUGGCCGUCAGUAUGGUAUUAUGCGUUAUGGUGAUUUGCAAUGCAAUGAAUUGCAAUCAAUACAAACAUCAACAAUCCUAUGCGGAGGUCUAUCGAAUCUUUUGUACCUAUUUGCUAGAAUUGUCGAAAUAACACCAAAUUCAACUACCCAAGCCAUGGCAUUAGACAUUUUAUUGACUGUGGCGUUUUCGGAGUCACAACUUUAUACCGAAUUCCAACGAAAUGAUUACAUAAGUCUUAUAGGUUAUGUCAUAAAAACGGAUAAAUGUAGCAAGGACUGCCAGUUGCUUCGAAGCAUAGUAAAUAAUGCAUGUUCCCAGACGGUCAUUCAAAAGAAAGGUGACUCAUUGCAUAUUAAUGAAACGACCGUAGCAACUGUAAUCUACCCGAAACUGUUGAUAUCUGUACUUCAUCGAUACUCCGAUUGGCAUCGUUCCGGAGCAGAAAAUUCAGAUGUCUUAGAUAUGCUCUUCCAAUGCAUUCUGGCAUUGACACGAGAAAAACAUCCCCAAAGAGAUUUCAAUAUCGAACAAUUCAAUAAGGAAGGUCUAAUGAAAGAGCUUUUAAAUUUGUUUAAAGUCUAUGUAAUAGAAUCGCCAAAUCCUGUUUUCAUAUCCAAAAAAGCCGCCGAGGCUUUUGUUGGUAUACUUUCAGUAUUUGCGGGUUCACCACCUAAGCCUAGUUUGCUGGAUGAAAUAAUGAAAUUACUUCUCCUGCUUCAUAAGCCUAGCGAAUGCUAUGUAACACAUGAUCGUUCAAAAUUUUAUUUUUUACUUUCAUCGGAAAAACCAAUAAAAGAGAAAUCUUCCCUUGGAUCAGCAACUAAUUUCGGUCGAAAUUUUAAACAAAACUUGACCAAAAGAACGCAUCCUGGAAGUGCUAAGCCAUUGGAACAGAUAUGUACCAGCUCAAAAUCACACUCGAAUUCAUCGAAUGGAGCUGAUAGCGAUACUGCUAGACAAGCCCGUAUAAAUAGACUAAGAAAACUUCAUAGAAGUAUGUCGUCUUAUAAAAAACCAUUAGAUGAGUUUGAAGAAAAUUUGGAAAAUGUGGCUGAUUGCUCAAAAUUAAAUAAAAAUGCUUUUCGCCUUAUCAAUCCGGAAGAGGCUCUGAAAUGGCGUGUUAAAUUUAAAAAGCAACAACCUAAUAAUUUUUAUGGGUGUGCAUUGCAAGUAGCUCAAGUAUCACAUAGGCACUGUCGGUCGAAUAGUAAAACUCACCUACACUUUUCAUCGCCACAUCACAAAAUAAGACGUAAAAGAAUCCGUUUGUGUGAAACAGCAUCCGCUCGUUGCCCCAACACUGCGAAUAGAGAUAGCCACCGAAAAUCAAUCAACGUUAUGGGACAUUCCCUAACUGCACCACCAUUUUUAGGAAAUGUUUAUGAAUAUCCUAACUUUAAUGCAGUUUUCAAUUCCAAGUCAAGGAUGCAAAAUCGCAAACAACGAAUGUUGGUUAAGACAGACUCAUAUGGUUCAGUUGGCAUUGCAGCUUUGCAGAGUGGUCUUUUACUAUUGCUAAAAGAUUUCCUUUGUCUUCUUCCCGAUAAUGAUAUUGAUGACGUAUUACACCACUACAUAAAAGUAGAAUUUUUACUAGUCUUGGCAAACCAUCAAAGUUCAAAUGUUCGCGCGGCCGUUAUUAAAUUGAUGAGUUCGUUGACGCAACGUUUGUACCCGCAAGAUAUUCAAGCAUGUUGUAAGGCAUACUAUCCUCAUCAUUUAGCCAACCAAUUAACGAUUGGCCUCUGCGAUUGUAACAUGUUCGAAUCCUGCUUGGAAUGGGUUUGUGGUACUCUGGGAACACUGCACAGUAUACUGAAAUAUAAUGUUCCAUUGUCGAUCCAACAACGUUUUGGUUUAAAUGCUUUAUUGGCCGUCGCAUCGAAAUCCGUUGCCUCAAAUACAUGCCAAAGUGAUUUCUGUGAAAAUGCUUUCAAAAUAAUAAAAAUAUUAUAUGAAGGGGAACUUGAAGAUCAAUUGGCCAUGAUUGAGGCAGGUCUUAUUCAGUGUUGUGUCAAGGCAUUAUAUUAUCUUUAUGCCAGGACUACACCCUACAAUACAAAGACGGAAGAUUCAAUUGCUGACACGCUAGUAUACAUAGGAAACAUCUCAUUAAAAUCCGUAGGACACAUUAAUAUCAUUUGGGAUAUUGUAAAUGCCUUAUCCUUUUAUCAAGAGAAACAGCCACAAAAUAUUUUGAAAGGUUACCGUUCUAUAUUAGCUAAAUUACUACUUAACUGGCUAAAUGGAUUUUUUGUGCCAACAAAUGUACCAUGGAGUUUUAAAGUUCAACAACUUCCUAAUUUCUCAAUGUCCGAAACAAAAACUAGACUGGAGCUUCUAAUAAAUCGCAGCUGUCAAUUUUUCAUGAUUUUCAAUGAAAAAUCAACGCCAACACCGCAUGAAAUUGAAUUAUUUCAAAUGUUGGUCUCCUACAGUAUUGCUACCAAUCAACGUUGCAACAAUUUUAUAGCAUGGGGAUUGCAACCAUCACAUCCACGUGAUUUACGGUGUUUUAUAGUUGAUGCAUUGUGGAUCUCGUGUCAGGAUGACUUUUUGCCCGCUAUUAUCUGUGAUGGAAAAAUGAUUAAGGCUCUGUUGUGGCUGAGUCUUUUAGAAGAUUUGGAGGAACCCAUCACGAACUUACCGAAGUUGUGUAAGCGUUUGGGUAUAAAUGAGAACGAUUCAACAUGGAACCUUGAAAAUGAACUACAACGUAUUGAUGUUCAAAAAUCUACAGAAGUGGUAAAACAAAAGACAUCUCUAGAAAAGACGGUAUAUCGUUUUGAGUUAUUGGCUCAGGGUUGUAUAGAGACUUCCAUGAUUACAACCAGAAGAGUAGCAGAAUUACAGAAUUCGGAACGCAAAUUAAUUAUGAACCACAUGAAGGACUACGAUGAUACUCACUACUACAACAAGUGGCUCGAAAUAGUCAGAAGGAUGACCCAUGAGGGCGCUCCAUGGUUUAGCGAACACAACAGCGAAAAUUCCUGGGAAUUGGAUGCAACCGAGGGACCAUCAAGAGUGCAUACUCGACUCAAGCGAUGCCAUUUAGAUCUCGAUAAACGGUUCUUUAUGCAAAUUUAUGAUGAGUCUAAUGACGCCACCAAGAACGCAAAGUCCAUCGCACAACGUUCAGAAUACUCUCGACCAUUGGAAUAUCUUAUAUCUAGCUAUGACCAGCAGUUGAACAUAUCAUUAAAUUCACAAAUUCUCUAUAAUUUUCCUGCCAAAUUUUUGCCAGUCGAUGGAGAGAUAGAUGGCGAAAUAAUUGUGACCGACCAUAAGCUUUACUUUUUGGCUACAUAUCGUUGUAAAUAUUUUUAUGUGAACUGUGAUAUAUCUAAUAUAACAGAAAUUUGGCUAAAACGUUAUCAGCAUCAGGAGAAAGCCUUCGAAAUAUUUUUGGAUACAAACCAAUCGCUUUUCUUUUCUCUACAAAAUCAAGAGGAUUGGAAAAUAAUGCGCGAAGUAUUCUGUGAUAAAAUUGUUAUUACACCCGAUCAAAACAAAGUCCUCUUGAUAACACAGCAAUGGCGAGAGGGUUUACUCACCAACUGGGAAUAUUUGAUGACUUUGAAUCAGAUAGCAGGACGAACAUACAAUGAUCUCAUGCAAUAUCCAAUUUUCCCAUGGAUAUUGUCGAAUUACACAUCGGAUAUUUUAAACUUGGCAGAGCCUCGAAACUUUCGCAAGUUGCCAAAACCAAUUGCAGUACAAAACGAAGAAAACGAACAGCAUUAUAUCAACAACUAUACCUACAUAAAGAACACGAUGACUAAUAUGGGUUCAAUGAUAUUAAAGCCCUAUCACUACAGCUCGCAUUAUUCCAAUUCUGGAACAGUUUUACAUUUCUUGGUAAGAGUACCACCUUUCACCAGUUAUUUUUUACGAUAUCAGGAUAACAACUUUGACAUACCAGAUCGCACUUUUCAUGCUCUAAGUACAACAUUUUGUUUGGCUAGUAGAGAUUCGCCUACGGACGUUAAAGAACUCAUACCCGAGUUUUUCUGUUUACCCGAAAUGUUUGAGAAUUUUGAACGCUUUAAUUUUGGUUGUCGGCAAAAUGGAGAACGUGUAGAAGAUGUUUUAUUACCCCCAUGGUGUUUAAAAGAUCCCAGACUUUUUAUUCUGAUACAUCGCCAAGCCCUAGAAUCGGAAUUAGUGCGAAAUAAUUUACAUCAGUGGAUAGAUUUAAUUUUUGGAUAUAAACAAAUGGGUGAGGCAGCUGUGGAAGCCAUUAAUGUAUUUCAUCCUGCGACAUACGCCGUAUUUCUUGAGUCUGAAAUUGAGGAUCCCAUUGAACGAGAAGCUGUUCAAACCAUGGUUAAAACUUAUGGUCAAAUGCCAAGACAGUUAUUUAAAACUCCUCAUCCUCCUUCAAAACAUUUGGCAUAUCAGUGUGAUAAACAAAUUUUGCCUAGCGUUCGUGGUUUAAGGUGGGGCAUAUAUGUCGGUUCACCACAGCUGCCUGAACCAUUCUUGGGCAAUACUCACAAACUCAUUGGUGCUGAAUACUUGUUAUCAUUUAACAAUACGAAUGUAGUGUAUGGUUUGCCGUCACACUCUUGUGUUAUGCAGGGUGCUGAAAUGGACACAUUCAAUGUCAUUUCCUGGGGAUAUGAUGACCGAAUUGUUCGUAUACAACCGCUAAAUAAACUGAAUGCGAAACCAAAAAAUCUCCUGUAUAAUAGCACUUUUGAUGAUAUUACAGCAUGUGGCUGUGAUCCAAAUUCAAAUCAACUUUGGUUUGGUCACAAAUCCGGUCGCAUUUCGAUCUAUAAAUGUUCCAGUAUAGAAGCAAGUCAGAAAAACGGGAAAAGCCGCCAAAGCUACGUCAAAGACAUACGUUUUUCUUACAAUUCUGUAAUUAACAAAAUAAUAAGUAAGGCCAUAGACUCGGACGGUGGCGAUUUAACAUCAUCUACUGCUUCCGCGAAUUCCCUGAGUUCCUCGGAAAAUAAUUUGCACAAGGAUGGAGCAGAUUUGUAUUGGAGUGGCCCGACAGUAUUAAUUCGACACACAGAUGAAAUAACAUGUAUUACACUAUCGGUAGAAUUUAAAAUUGCAGUGACGGCUGGAAAAGACGGUAUUGCUGUGAUUUGGGACCUGAACGAUUGGAGCUAUGUACGAACAAUUGAAAGGCCCGCCGAAAUUCAUCACUCACCCAUAACAUUAUUGGUUAUAAGUCAUACAUUAGGCGACAUCGUCACUGUUCACUCACUGACACAACCAUCACAUCAACAACAAAAUCCAAUUUCUGUAGACACAUCAACACCACACACUUCCAUGGCAUUCAUAUCCCCACCCGUUCCGUCAACACAGCCAUUAGCCGAUGAAUGUUUUGAAGUUACAGAAGAAAAUCUUGAUGAUUUUGUAAAUGUUUGCAUCAAUCCAAAUGGAAAAUCGAUAUUACGUUUGCAUUCAGUGAAUGCUCGAUAUAUACAGCACUUCGUACAUGAGGAUCGUAUAACGGCGGUUUGUUAUUCAUACAUAAAGGAGGGAGUUGGUGUAAAUGUCAUUGCAACUGCGGUAGAAGGUGGUAUUGUCCGCUUAUGGUCCAGCUGGAAUUUAAGUUUUAUUACGGAAAUCGUAACCGGAAUAUCGAAUAUAAGAAGCCUUACAUAUUCAACACAUCAGCAUUUGGUUGUUUUAACUGAAAACUCCCACAUACAGGUAUGGGAAACUAUAGGACUGUGUGGCAAUUGUCCGAAAUUUCCACAAAUAGCAUAUAAAUAACUUUAGAAAAGCACUUUAACAUGACAGUAACAUGAAUUAUAUCCUUAGUUAAGUUUAUAAAAGAGAAUAAAUAAGUAAUAAAAAAGCAAUGGCUACAAAAACAAAGAA